AUGGAGGUGACGGUGGCGUGCAACAAUAGUAGCGGCGGUGCACAGCUGACACCAGAAGAAGAGAGGGUUUUGAUUAGAGACAUUGCAAUUACUUCAGAAUCUAAUAGUAAAGAAGGCGAUAGCUUUUAUUUAAUCACUCAACGAUGGUGGCAACAUUGGAUUGGUUAUGUGAACCAAGACCAGACAAAUGUCACGAAUGAUGGGUCAUCUAUGUUAGAGAAUUGUGAUACGAUUAGUUCUUCAAAAAGGCCUCCUAGUAUUGAUAAUUCUGAUUUGAUAUAUGAUGCGAAUUCCGAGGAGUCGAAUGUUGGCAUUGAGAUUCAUGAUACUUUAUUAGAAGGCCGCGAUUAUGUAUUGCUUCCUCAAGAAGUUUGGAACCAGUUGUAUUCCUGGUAUGGAGGUGGUCCGGCGUUGGCUCGGAAGGUAAUCAGUUCAGGUCUUUCUCAGACAGAGUUUGCUGUAGAGGUGUAUCCUCUCCGUCUUCAGCUACUUGUUAUGCCGAAGGGUGAUCGUUUUGCAAUAAGAAUUAGCAAGAAGGAGACAAUUGGAGAGCUUCACAAAAGAGCUUGUGAGAUUUUUGAUCUGAACUUAGAGCAAGUAUGCAUUUGGGAUUACUAUGGCCACCGUAAACAUGCUUUGAUGAAUGACAUGGAUAAAACACUUGACGAUGCCAACUUACAGAUGGAUCAGGAUAUUCUGGUGGAGGUUCAUAACAAUGCCAAUGGUACUGCAUCGAGUGGAUCUAUAAGAUCUGCUCAGGGCAAUGGAUCUACUGUGAAGGAAGCUAGUUCUUUUCUUUUAGAGCCUUCUAAGUCAAGCUUAUCAAUUGCAGGAGGUUUAUCUGCAAGCAAGGGUGCUUCUAGAGGCAGCAGCACAGAGCUAUCUCAAAGUCCAAAUCUGACAUCUCAGAGCAGGGAGUUGGAUAACACAUAUGGGAUCAGUACUGUUACUACAAGGGGGUCUUCUGGUGGCUUGAUUGGGUUGCAGAACCUAGGGAACACAUGCUUUAUGAAUAGUGCAAUACAAUGUCUUGUUCACACAUCAGAGUUUGCAAAGUACUUUCGGGAGGAUUAUCAUCAAGAGAUAAAUUGGCAAAACCCACUCGGUAUGGUGGGUGAGCUUGCGCUAGCAUUUGGUGAGUUACUUCGAAGGCUAUGGGCACCUGGGCGAACAGCAAUUGCUCCUCGACAAUUUAAAAUGAAGUUGGCUCGAUUUGCACCUCAAUUUAGUGGCUAUAAUCAGCAUGAUUCCCAGGAGCUUUUAGCAUUUCUUUUAGAUGGUCUUCAUGAAGAUCUGAAUCGUGUUAAACACAAGCCUUAUAAGAAGUCUAAAGAUGCUGAUGGUCGUCCAGAUGAAGAAGUUGCUGAUGAGUAUUGGGCAAAUCAUAUUGCUCGUAAUGAUUCCAUAAUUGUUGAUGUGUGCCAGGGCCAAUACAAGUCGACUUUGGUUUGCCCAGAGUGCAAUAAAAUCUCAGUUACAUUCGAUCCCUUCAUGUACCUCUCUUUGCCACUUCAAUCCACCACCACUCGUUCUAUGACGGUUACGGUUUUUACUUGUGAUGGAAGUGCCCUGCCAUUUCCUUGCACUGUAACUAUACCGAAGCAGGGGCGAUGCAGGGACUUGAUCAAUGCGCUUAGCAGUGCAUGUUCCUUGAAGAAUAAUGAAGAGCUUAAACUUGCUGAGGUACGGAACCAUUUGUUUCAAAGAUUUCUAGAAGACCCCUUAAUAUCCCUUUCCACGGUCAAAGAUGAUGACCACCUCAUUGCCUACAAGAUACCGAAGUCGCUGAAGAAAACACUUCUGCUUAGGUUGAUUCAUCGCCGUCAAGAACAGGAAACGGGCGAUACACAGGCUGCACAAUGGUGGAAGCCCUUUGGAACACCUCUUGUCUCUUUGAUCUCACGUGAUGAUGUGAUUACAAGAGGUGAUAUACAGACUUUAGUUCACAAAAUGCUCUCACCUUUGUUAAGAUCUGAAAGUUUGAGACAAGCUGACACUCCUGAGCCCUGCUCGUCUUUGGCGGCAUCAGAUACGUGCCGUGACAACAGUUCUGGUGGAGCAUGUACUAACCCUUUGUCAAAUUCAAUGAACAAGGAUAGUAGUAGUUCCAAGGCAGUAACAUUAUUCAAACUACCACUUCAGUUGGUUGAGGAAAGUAAUGCAUGCAUUGAUCUUUCUGUGGGAGAAGAAAAAGCAGUUAAAUUGUCCUCAACAUCAACAUCAAUACUGGUAUAUGUUGAUUGGUCACAGGAGCUCUUAGAAAAGUAUGAUACUCAUUAUUUGGAAAACUUGCCCGAAGUGCUCAAGUAUGGACCCGUGAAUAAGAAAGCUCGUACUGAACCUCUCUCCUUGUACACAUGUCUAGAAGCUUUUCUGCGUGAAGAGCCUUUGGUGCCUGAAGAUAUGUGGUACUGCCCAAAAUGUAAGGAGCGGCGACAAGCAAGUAAAAAGCUUGACUUAUGGAGGCUUCCAGAAGUGUUAGUCAUCCAUUUGAAGAGGUUUUCAUAUAGCAGGUCAAUGAAGCAUAAACUGGAAACUUUUGUCAACUUUCCUAUUCAUGACUUUGACUUGACAAAUUAUGUAGCCAACAAGAACAACACUCAACGUCAACUCUAUGAACUUUAUGCAUUGACUAACCAUUAUGGUGGCAUGGGAAGUGGGCACUACACUGCACAUAUCAAGGUGAGCAUUGAAGGAACUGAUAAUAUGUGCACGAGUUACAAGAUUGGUGUGCACCUCGUAUUAUUGGCUAGUAGUGACAUUAAUGUGUUUGAUAAGCUUCUGGAUGAGAACAGGUGGUACAACUUUGAUGACACCCACAUAUCACCCAUAAAUGAAGAAGAUGUGAAAUCAGCUGCUGCUUAUGUUCUCUUUUAUCGAAGGGUGAAGACAGGUGAUGCCAUUAGCAAUGGAGGAAAGUCUGGUGCAGGUCGUAACAAUGGUUCAUCUCUGAACCCUAAAGGAGACAGAAAGACAGGUCUGCCAUUUUCUGAUCGUAAAUUAGAUUCCCAGGCUUUAUUUUGUGUCAACACAAAUACUGGUCAUAGAGGCCGUCGAGGUGCAUCAAAUAGCAAAGCUAACUCUAUAAAACGUGAGGAGACGUCCUUGCUGGUUCCGAAGAAACCGACCAACAAAGCCUUCAAAAGCUACCCUAUUCUCGGGGCAUUGCCUGAAUUCUUGGGAAACUAUCAUCGUUACCUCGACUGGAUCACAGAAAUCGCCAUUAACAGCCCUGGCAAUACUGCUGUCUUUCACUUUCCGGGAAACAUCCACGGUGUCUUCUCGGCGAAUCCUUCGAAUGUUGAAUACGUUCUGAAAACCAACUUCGAGAACUAUCCGAAAGGCGACGAGUUUGUUUCGUAUCUUGAAGACUUCUUUGGACGAGGAAUCUUUAACUCUGAUGGUGAAGCAUGGAAAGUCCAAAGAAAAACUGCCAUCCACGAGUUCAGCACAAAGUCACUCCGAACUUUUGUCGUUGAUAAGGUUCAAGUUGGGAUUUCGACGAGGUUGGUUCCGAUCCUUGCAAAAGCCUCAAAAACUAUGCAGGUGCUUGAUUUCCAAGAUGUUUUGGAGAGGUUUUCAUUCGAUAUUAUUUGUAAAGUUGUGUUAAAUUUUGAUCCUGACUGUCUUGGUGGCGACGCAACUGGCGGCGAAAAGCUUAUGCGCGCAUUUGAAGACUCUUCCGGGAUUAUUUUUGAGAGAUUCUUGACUGUUGCUCCACUACAGUGGAAAUUCCUUAAGUUUCUCAACAUCGGAAGUGAGAGAAGGCUUAAAAGAUCGAUAAGGAUUGUUCAUGAAUUUGCAGAUAAGCUUAUAAGUUCAAAGUUGGAAGCAAAAGGCAUCAACAAAGACGAAGAUUUAGUAUCCCGGUUUAUGGUAAACCAUGAGAAUUCACCUGAAUUUCUUCGAGAUAUCUUGACAAACUUCCUCUUUGCAGGCCGAGAAUCAUUAUCUGCGAGCUUGACAUGGUUCUUUUGGUUAUUAUCAUUACAUCCAGAUGUAGAGACCAACAUAUUAAAGGAGCUUGAAACAAUUCGGGCACGCAACGGAAAAAAGAUAGGAGAAAUGUACAGUUUCGAAGAGCUCAGGGAAAUGAACUAUCUGCCCGCUGCAAUUUCAGAAUCAUUAAGACUGUAUCCCCCGGUACCAAGUGAACUUAAAACUUGCAAAAGUGACGAUACAUUGCCAGAUGGUACAUUUGUUGGAAAGGGUUGGUCUAUGGAGUUUAGUGCAUAUGCCAUGGCCAGGCUGGAGAAUUUGUGGGGCAAGAACUGCAAUGAGUUUGUGCCUGAAAGGUGGCUUGAUGAGAAUGGGACGUAUAGGCAGGAGAGCCCAUUCAAAUAUCCAGUAUUUCUUGCUGGGCCAAGAAUGUGCAUUGGAAAAGACAUGGCGUUUAUUCAGAUGAAAUCGGUAGUAGCCUCAACUAUUGAAAGGUUCAAGAUUGAUAUGCAUAAUAAGGAGAAACCCCCUGAGCCUAAAUUUUCUAUGAUACUCAGAAUGAAGGAUGGGAUGAAAGUAACAGUUAAGGAAAGAUCUGGGGGCAUGAUGGGUUGA